AUGCCAGUCAGCGGCAUCGGGGAGUAUCGCCUCGGUACAAGUGCGUCAUGGGACGAGUACGUGGAGCGACUUGAAAUGUACUGCGAAGCCAACAAGCUUUCGAAGGAUGAAGAAAAGCGUGCUGUUUUACUCAGCUCUUGUGGAGAGGAAACGUACAGUCUCAUCGUGACGCUGGUCAAACCCGAAAGGCCAACUGCUGCAGCCUACGAGAAGAUCAAGAAAGCGGUCCGAGAACACAUGCAUCCGAAGCCAUCAGUGCUGUACGGUAGAUUUUUAUUUUACAAGCGUAAGCAAGCGCAAGGCGAAAGCGUCGCAGAUUACGUGACAGCGCUGAGAAGACUGGCUGAAAACUGUGGCUUCGGAGACGACACGCUUCCUAUGGACGAGAUGAUGCGAGAUCGUUUCGUCUUCGGCAUCAGCAACGAGGCUGUGCAGCAACGCCUACUGGCAGAAAGGGACCUGACAUUCACUGUGGCGUACGACAUGGCCGUGACAGCGGAAGCAACCCAACGGCAGCAACGAUAA